AUGAUUCGUGAUGCAAGUACGGUGGUGAUUCUUGCUGGUGAUCCAAUGCUCGGAGGUGGUGACAUUGGUGGUAGACCAAUGCUCGGAGGUGGUGACUCGCGGUGGGAUCGCUCCAAGUUACCAGGAGAGUUUAAGUCUGAACUUAAGAAGAUCAAGCGCGAUAUUGAAGGCCACAAUUUAGAUGCAGCAUACAAUCAUGCUGAUUUGCUUAUCGAAUUAUGGGGAGAAGUAUUUGAGCUGCUCUUUGGCGGAAAUUCAGAUAUUUACUUGAGGUGGGGAGAAACAAUAUCAGGUGUCACAACUCUACAAAAGAAACUCAAUAGAUCAGGUGAUAAGAAUGUAGUAGGAAUGAAAGUCGACUGUCGAGCUGUUGUAUUUUUUGAAAAGGAGAACCUGGAAAUUGACUUGAUGAAUAUGGAAGCUGCUAAGGUGUACAACGAUGAUAAAAUCUUCCAAGAUCGUGCCAAACUUGUUGCCUAG